UUACCUGGCAAGAAUGAAGAAAGAAGAAGAUGGACCCCUGUCGUGUGUGUCCCCUGGUUCAGGUUGCGGGUGAGGGGAGGCGCUAUCAAGGCGAAGCCUUUAAGGGGCGCAGAUCUCGGACCCCGUUAUGCCUCUACAGACAUUUCCUAAAGAAACCGGGGGGCAGCUGUUCACGCUGGACGUGUGAGGAUAUUUAUAAUAGUGACACGUUGUAAGCCACCCUACGCCCAAUAAUGAGAGCUGUUCAAAUUACGGUGCCUCCAUACAAUGGAACACCAUGCAGGUGUUUAAAACAGUUGCAUGGAUACCCGCAAACGAAAAUAUGUUAGGAUAAAAAAUAAGACUCCUAAACAGCGUAAAUAAUGUUUUUUAAACAAAUUGAUUACUUGUGGCAAGAACACUGGAGGCCAUUCAUUGAAGCGUUUCCAGGUCCAUCGCUGAUGGUACGACUGGGAUUUUUCACCGGCUCCUCUUACAACCUUAUGUGACGUCUCAAGGUUUUAUCAUUAGAAAAAAACAGUGAAGCUAUUUUCAACUUAAAGAAACAAACACAAAAAUGUUGAUAAGGAAUUUGGGGCUUCGGCGAUGGGAACAAGUGUGUGAGUCAGACCCAGCCUCCGGGCCCCCGCCGGACCGGGGGGCCUGUCACCCGACACUCAAGUCACUAUCAGGAGCACUUUUCUCUGUUGACGUGACUGGCUUUUGUCACGCAGCCGCCAGGUUAUAACGGGAGGGGAGGGCAGGCGCAGGCCAGCCAGCGGCAGCCCGUGGCCAGUGGGCUGGGGCACGCCAGGCCUCCGGCCUCGGCAUGGGGAACACCAUCAGGGCCCUGGUGGCCUUCGUCCCUGCCGAGCGCUGCCAGAACUACGUGGUGGGAGACCUCAGGGAGAUGCCGCUGGACAGGACGGUGGACCUGAGUGGGUGCCAGCUCCGCCGCUUCCCCCUGCUCGUGGGCUCCUUCCGGGGGCUGGUCAAGCUCUACCUGAGUGACAACCACCUCAGCAGCCUGCCUCCGGAGCUGGGGCAGCUGCAGAACCUGCAGGUGCUGGCCCUGGACUUCAACCACUUCAAGGCCCUGCCCCAGGUGGUGUGCACCUUGAAACAGCUCUGCAUCCUCUACCUGGGCAACAACAAACUCUGCGACCUCCCUCGGGAGCUGAGUCUGCUCCAGAAUCUCCGGACCCUGUGGGUGGAGGCCAACUACCUCACCCAGCUGCCGGACGUGGUCUGUGAGCUGAGCCUCCUCCGGACCCUGCACGCUGGCUCCAAUGCCCUGCGUCUGCUGCCGGCCCAGCUGCGGCGCCUCCGCGAGCUCAGGACCAUCUGGCUCUCAGGCAACCUGCUGACCGACUUCCCGCCCGUGCUGCUGCACAUGCCCUUCCUGGAGGUGAUCGACGUGGACUGGAACAGCAUCCGCUACUUCCCCAGCCUGGCCCACCUGUCCAGUCUGAAGCUGGUCAUCUACGACCACAAUCCUUGCAGGAACGCACCUAAGGUGGCCAAAGGCGUGCGGCGCGUGGGCAGGUGGGCGGAGGAGACGCCGGAGCCAGACCCCAGGAAGGCCCGGCGCUAUGCACUGGCCCAGGAGGACAGCCAGGAUGCACAGGCCCCCGCCCUCCUCCACUUCCGCCCACCCACUCCUGAGGAGCUCCACGUGUAGGUCGAUGCCAAGGACCCAACUCCAGCAUCUUCCAGAGCUCUCUCUGUGGCUCUGUGAGCCUGGGUGUCUCCGCCAGCGGGGGCUGACGGAGUCAGACAAAAAGCCUAAGCCACAUCAGAAGGAAAUGUUGCUGGCAACAACAUCUCUCCCCAGGGAAGCUGUGUGCUGGAGGAAGAAGGACACAGGACGACCUCUUGGCAAGAUCAGCCUCUCCAAGCAGGUACUUGAAACCCCGAGGGGCGGGCAGGGCUGGAAAGCACACCAGCAGGGGCUCGUCGUGAGGCUUUGAGCUCCUCAAAUAAGGGAUCUGAACAGAUCCCACUCAAGUUCAGGGGGCCCGUCCCCAGCCCCUCGUGGGGUCUAUCUUCUUACUACAAACGACCAUAAACAGUAUGAAAAAUUGCCAGUUCAGGCCACUUAAAAAAGGACAUUUCUAUUGAGUCGGUCAGCCAGACUCCACACUCCGCUGUUGCCAAGGCCCGGGAUGCUUUCCCCUGCAUUUGGCGACUGCUGAGAAGACGACCCCCCUGCUGGGAGAAGGCCUCCUGGUGCCCAGCUGCCGCUUUAAACCAACAGCAACACUCACUGGUUUAGCUCAUCUUCCCUCAAAGCUUUGAGCCGAGGGCUGCUCCCCACUGUCUCCAGUCAGGCACCCUCAGCAUCUAGAAGGCUGACCUUUGGCAGUGUGGCCUCAUGAUGAGCAGGCCCGAGAGGGCGUAAUCCUGCACUCCGUGGAGCAGAGCCCUGUUCACACUGACGAACCAGAGCUGACGCGAGUCCUUCUGGGGAGGGAAACCGCAUUUCCAGGAUCACAGUGGGUUGAGGGUAGCAGGUGGGAAGCCGGUUCACCUGGACGGAGCACCUGGAAACAUGAGCCGCAGGCCUGGGCACAGGAGGCCCGGCCACGUUGGCAUCAGCGCCUCUGCUUUCGCGGUGACUCGCUUUGGUUUUUGUAGGUAGGGCCUUUCGACGGUCUGCGUGUAAACCCAGGUAUUCUGGUCGUUCCUUUUUUGAAGUGUGUAAACCGUGACCUUCUCCUCUUCCCGUGAAUACAUCAACUUUAAAGA